AUGCCGAGCCAGAAGAAUCGGUCCUAGAACCGUACUUCUUAUACUCUAGUUUUUUGCAAUCCAAUAGUUGAAAUAUCCGGAAGAGAGCUUUUCUCUUUUUUUUUCAUCCGAUCUUUGUACUGUAGUUGAAAAAUAAAAUUUAUCGUUUCCGAGGACGCAGAAAAUUCACAAACAACUGUAGGACUUGACGUAGUAGUUAGAAAAACAGCUCACCGAGCGAUAAUUUUUACAUGUUGAAUUGAAAAAAAGCGAUAGUUGGUUGGGAGCGAUUAAGAUAUUGCUAGGUGGUAUCGGCCAGAUAGUUAAUAGAUAGUGGCGUCUUAUUCAUGAUACCUCUUCUAAUAUAAGGGUCUGCUAAAAGAUCGGGAUCUAGCAGUGUGAAAAUGUUGGCUCUGAGGUGGUGCGUGGCUCUCCUGAUUUUCGCCACUUUGACAGCAGGAGAGAUAAAAAAUAAAGGAUGGUGGAAGAACGCGGUCUUUUACCAGGUAUACCCGAGAAGUUUUAUGGAUGCCGACGACGAUGGCAUUGGUGACCUUCGAGGUAUAACGGACAAGCUAGAGCAUUUCAAAGAGUCGGGAAUCACGGCCAUAUGGCUUUCGCCUAUUUAUGCCAGCCCUAUGGUGGACUUUGGAUACGAUAUAUCCGACUUUCGUGAUAUCGACUCAGCGUAUGGUACAAUGGAGGACUUUGAAAAUUUAACGAAAAAGGCUAAACAGCUUGGCGUUAAGGUCAUCAUGGACUUGGUACCUAAUCAUACUUCGGAUGAGCAUGACUGGUUUAUAAAAAGUUUUCACGGUAAGGGCAAAUACAAGGAUUAUUACGUCUGGAGAGAAGGAAAAGAAAGCAACAUGAAGCCACCCAAUAAUUGGAUAAGCGUAUUUAGUGGACCAGCAUGGACUUACAAUGCUACUAGAAAAUUGUGGUACUUCCACCAAUUUGAAUACAGACAACCUGAUUUGAACUAUACCAACCCCAACGUGAGAAUGGAAAUGGAAGAAAUCAUCAAAUUUUGGCUAAGCAAAGGUAUUGAUGGUUUUCGAGUGGACGCAAUUCCUCACGUCUACGAAAAAGAUGGCCUCCCAGAUGAGCCUAGAUCGAAUGAUCAGCAAGCUAGCGAAAGAGACUACAAUUACUUGGACCAUAUCUAUACAAAAGAUGAUCCUCGUACAUAUGACCUCAUCCAAAGCUGGCGAAAUCUAAUGGACCGAUGGGCUGAUGAGCAUAACGAAGAGGAAAAGGUCAUUUUAACGGAAGCCUACACGAACCUUAAGAAUACAACAAAGUUCUAUAAAUAUGGAUCCCAUGUACCGUUCAAUUUCAACUUCAUCGUUCAGGCCAACAAUAAUUCGGGACCCGAGAAAUUUAAGGAAAUUAUUGAUAGUUGGGUUCAAGAAGUCCCUCCAGGGAACUCAUCAAACUGGGUGAUGGGAAAUCACGAUCGCAACCGUUUGGCUACUCGUUAUCCAAACAGGGCAGAUCAGAUGACAAUGUUGGCCAUGAUACUGCCUGGAGUUGCAGUCACUUACAAUGGUGAGGAAAUAGGUAUGGAGGAUAAAUCAGAUAUCACGUGGGAGGAGACUCAGGAUCCACAAGCUUGCAACGUUGAUCCAAAUGGUAAUUGGAAGGCACGCUCUCGGGAUCCUGUCAGGACACCUUUCCAGUGGGACGACACGAAGAAUGCUGGUUUCAGUAAGGCUGAUAAGACCUGGCUGCCAGUUCAUCAGAACUACAAGGAAUUGAAUUUAGCCAAGCAAAAGAUAGAUCCAAUAUCUCACUAUAAGCUCUACAAAAGUUUGACAUCCUUGAGGAAUAGUUCAGAAGUAUUGAAAAAUGGAUCGUUAAAAACUGAAAUUUUGAACGGAAACGAUGUUUUGGCUGUUAUUCGCCAGACAGAUCGACAGAGCGUUAUUCUUUUGAUCAAUUUCCAAAAUGAAAAAUCGCAGAAAGUAGACAUUAGCAGCUAUACAGGACCUGGUAAUAAUGUUACUAUCUAUGUAUCCAGCAUAGGAUCCAAUAUGAUGUGGAACUCAAUGGCAGUUUCUGACAACAUUAUGCUCCCUGGAAGAGCUUCCGUUGUUUUAAUUUCGAUGUUAACCAAAUCUGGAGCAGCAUUUCUAAUAGUGCCCAUAAAAUUAAUUCUAUCGAUGGCACUGUUCGGUUUAUUCAAACAAAUGUUCUGAAAAUUUUUUUAAAUGUCAUAACUCGAAAACAUAACAUCUUAUAAUAAAUUUAAAAAUAUUUUUGGACUCCGUAUCUCUUACACAUUUGUUGGAUGCUAUCCGUAAUGUUGACAAAAUACAAUACAUUUGUAAUAACAAUCUCUAAUUUGUUGAUUUCCAAAUGAUUGAACAGUAAUUAUUCAUAUGAUUUUUUUAACAUUUGGACACUUUUAUAUGAUAGUGCGAUCUUUACAAUGAAAUAAAUUAUUAAUUGAUUUUACAAUAUAUUCUUAUUUUGAUUCGUAAAUGUUAGUAAAAAAAAUUUUUAGUAAAGACGAACCCAGUUAUUUCAAUAUAUAAUUUAACAUACAUAAAACACUUAAGAACUUAUAAAAUCUUAAGAUAAGCAUUUAGUCAUGUAAAAGUUUGUAUAAUGAUAAAAAUAUUAAAGUUACAUCAUGGAUGAGACGUAAA